AUGGCCUCUUUGGACUUCGAUCAGAAAUUCCUCGGUCGAAUAGCCAAGCAAACAUCAGACUCCAACCCUUUCCUCUCUGGUGCUCUCUACCAGAUUCUAGGUCUAUCCGUCUUACUGGCUCGGAGACUCAUCCGCGCCAGAAAGCUUCGCAAGCUAGAUACAAGUCGAGACACGCCCUCCCUCGCAGCAUAUCAACACAUACUAUGGAUAUCUCGCGAAGGUCUGUCCAUACUAGAGCUCUAUGUGCUCCCCUACGCGCAAGACAAUCAACAUGGGCCAGAAUGUAGGGUUCUAAGCGUCAAGCUACGAGCGAGCUUUUACCACAUCUUCUGCCUAUUCCACAACCACCCACCUGUCACAACAACCAAUAUGGAAACGACUGACUCUCGAACACUCGGUGCGCCUCAGAUGUCACUUUCGCCAAGAAACGGCAACGGACAGGGUCGCAAGACAGAUCCGCCAGGACUGUCACCUUUAUCGAAGCGCGCUGGUAAGCAGCCUACUCUCCGCGAACCCAUCGACUCGAUCGUAUCCGAAACCUCGUUCGUCACGAAUCCGUAUGCAGCAGGAGGACCAGUUGGGACACCGUCACCCAGACCUCCACUCAAUGCGCCUCCGGGGCUCAAUCCCGUCCCCAUUCCGCAACCCUCAUCAUUCAUACUACCACCUUUGAACUUUGUCCCCCUAGCUAGUGGCUAUUUCUCGACAGCGACAUCAUACGCCACCCAGUUUCUUCCUGGUUCACAUCCUUUGAGAUUGUCUGUGGCUCUUGAACACAGCGCGUUCCUCUGGGACUGUGUUCAUGACCAUGAAGCAUCAAGACGGGUCGCUAGGCGCGCAAUCAAAGACGUGUACCGCGCCCAAGAAGCUAUGGAUGAUACCGAGUUUGAGGACGCUGCAGAGCUCGUGGGGAUCCUCGGGAGAAUGAUGAAGCGCAAAAGCUGGGAAGGUACACCUCGAGUGGGAGGGAUGGGGAGCCCGGAGCCUGUCACCCAAGGCGCUGCCCAAGCCGGUGUUGCCGACAAUGAACAGAGCAUUAGAGCCAAUGUCGCCCCUCAUCAACAAAGCCCACAGAGCAACAGGCGGGCAGCUGAACGCCCCCCAAUUACCGAUGCUUCCGUGCAAAGUCAGCCAAGAGGCCCUGUCCGUAGUAGAUCGACCUCUACCAGCAAGGCUACAUCUCGAAAGAAAGAGAGUGGCAGCUACGAGAACACACCACGAUCAGAGACACAACGUUCCACGGGAGGUGGGAGUCAGGACACAACGCCACGUGCAAGGCAUGUCAGUGUAGAAAGCGGCUCCAGCACAACGCCCAGGGCGACGCAAGGUGUUGGCCGCUCUCCCGCGACGCCUUCGACGGUCCGAUCUACGCACCAGCCUUCCGGCAGCGGAGGAUCCCAUAAACGAACACCUGUUGUUGGAAACUCCACACCCGUCACACCAAGUGCGGCCGCAACAUUCGCUUCAGACACAGUUCGCAACUCGCCUACCCUUCGUCGAUCACCACCGAUACGAUCCUCGCCAUCACAAGAAAGUACGUACUCCAGGCAGCAGAGGUGA